GAGAAACGUGGUGUAGCCGCCUCUAUUCGCAGUAUUACGGUAGAGCGCUUAAGCCAACAAGGAAGAGCUUGAGCUGAGAGAUCUGCUGGGAUCAGGAUAAUCGUGUGGUUGUUAUGUCUUUUCGUGUUAUUUCCAAGGAGGCACUGGCUGGAUCCAUCACACUGGGAGUUGUUUUAAUCGCUGGUUAUUUCUUUGGGAAAAAGAAAUCUUCCACAAUGAGCAUCUUCAAAAGUCAUUCCAAGGGAGGAAAAGACAACCCACUGUUGCAGUACGUCCUCGAUCACUCCUUGAGGGAGCAUCCGGCUCUGAAAAAACUCAGACUGAGGACAAUGGAACACUCCUGGAACUGCAUGAUGGUCGCCAGUGAGCAGUCGCAGUUCAUGGCCAAUCUGGCAAAACUAAUCAAAACCAAGAAAGCAUUAGAGAUUGGAGUAUACACCGGUUACAACACACUGAGCAUUGCACUGACUUUGCCGGACGAUGGAGUUCUGGUGGCGUGUGAUAUCAGCGAAGAGUACACCAACAUUGGUAGACCCUUCUGGAAAGAGGCUGGAGUCGAGGAGAAAAUUGAUCUACGCAUACAGCCAGCAGUGACAACUCUAGAUGAUCUCUUGUCAGAUGGCCAGGCUGAAACAUUUGACUUCGCCUUCAUUGAUGCAGACAAAGUUAACUACGACAGCUACUACGAAAAGUCUCUGCAGCUGUUGAGGAAAGGGGGCGUCAUUGCUAUCGACAAUGUGCUGUGGGGUGGAAAGGUGUUGAAUCCGACCCCUGAUGACGAAGACACUGUGGCCAUCGACAAGCUGAACAAGAAGCUGCACCGAGAUGCUCGAAUCAACCUGAGCAUGCUGACAGUGGGAGAUGGGCUCACACUAGCUAUCAAAUUAUAGUACAGAUGUCUGAUGAGUGCAAUGAUUCACGGGCUUUGGACAGGAACGCUGGGAUACUAUAUGUCUUUUUAAAUUUAGGAGAACUACUAAAUGGGAUAUGUGAAGGUAGCACAUGAAACAUGUAUUACCAUCUGUGCUCAUGUCGCUAAAGAUUUAAGUGGAAAAUAUGAACUGUGUUGAAGGGCCAGUGUGUAGCAUUUAGGGGGAUCUAUGGAAAUGGAAUAUAAAAACCAUGUUUUCAUUAGUGUAUAAUCACUUUAAACUAAGAAUCAUGUUUUCGUUAGCUUAGAAUGAUCCCUUCAUAU